AACAGAGAGUCAUCAUUCAAGUACAGCCAGUUCAAUUCUGCCUUCACCGGAGGCAUACAGCGGAACUAUGACGCUUGAUUCGAACUUCACCGUCAAUUUCAGCUCCCUUGCCCUAUCUUCUAACCGCAAGAUCAUUGUGGGGGUGGAUUAUGGUACUACAUAUACAGGAGCCAGUUAUGUGAGCUCGAAAGCGUCUGGCUUGAGCGAUAUCAUACUCAUCAACACCUGGCCUGGCCCCUCUAAAAAUACUGAUGCCGUCUACAAAGCGCCGUCCCGUAUCGCAUAUGCUUCCGAUAAUCCCCGUAUUUCUCUACAGCGCUGGGGUUACCAGGUUGAGCCCGGGAUGGUGGCGUAUUCAUGGACCAAAUUGCUACUGGAUCAAGGCACGCCAUUGUCCGACUAUGACGAUUCCUCUCUUGAAAAUGCUUCUCAGGCUGGUAUAAUGCGUGUUCCGGAGGGGAAGACUGCAGUCGAUGUUGUUUCAGACUAUCUGUCUGAGAUUUAUAAGCAUAUAUUGAAAGCUAUUUCUAAGCACAUUACCGAGCAAGAGCUGCAUGUCACCCCAAUAGAGUUUUGGUUCACUGUCCCAGCGAUUUGGUCAGACAAAGCUCGGGAUGCCACAAGAACUGCUGCUCGACGGGCAGGAUUUGGAGGUAGUCUUUCCCGGCAAAGCGAUAAGGUGUUCCUGAUUAGCGAGCCAGAAGCAGCCGCAAUCACAGCGCUAAAGAAAUAUACUACGAACAGUAUAGGAGGCUCUGUUAAGGUCGGAGAUGGGGUGCUUGUCUGCGACUGCGGUGGUGGUACUGUAGACAUUACGACUUACGUUGUGAAUCGGGUCUCUCCGUCCCUCGAAUUCGAGGAACUGUGCACAGGGAUCGGAGGCAAAUGCGGCUCCACAGCAGUGGACCGGAAUUUCUACAAGCUCAUGUCGGAUAGGUUCGGCGAUGCGUUUAACAAUUUGCCUAUGAAGCGCAAGAGCCCCGGAAGCGAGUUCAUGAAACAGUUUGAGACUGUCAAGAGGGAUUUUGGCAGCUCUGAUGAGUUGACCACGUUUGAGCUGCCUCUUAAUAUGACAGUAUCUAACGCAGACCCAGAACACUUUGAUGAGGAAGAACGGAUAGUUAUUAUCUCAAGUAAUGAUCUGCGCACCAUCUUUGAACCUGUCAUAGAAAAGAUUAUUAGUCUAGUGCGACGGCAAAUUGAAGAUGCCCAUGAAGAGAUUGGGAAAGAUAUUAUCAAUAGGAUUAUCUUGGUGGGUGGAUUUGGCGACUCUGAAUACCUCCGCAAAUCUUUCCGGUCAUCCUUUGAGGCUGAAGGCAAGAUUACCGUCACAAUACCUGAUGCCCCACAAGCUGCUAUUGUACAAGGGGCUGCGCUGCGAGGGUUAGAAGGCCUCCAGUCAACUACCAAAAGAUGCCGUCGGCAUUACGGCUUCUGCUACGGCAUCCCAUUCAGGGACGGGAUAGACAAUGAGAGCGAUGCUUAUGUACACCCUUACAGUGGUACGAAAAUGGUCGCUGGCAUUAUGAAAUGGAUGAUUGCCAAGGGCGACAAGUACGAGGAGGACUAUACAGAGAGCAUCGCUCUUCGUCGGCCCCAUACUGCGUCCUGGGGCAGAAAAAAAUCUAUAACUCUCUACGCAUGCGAUCAAGCUAGCGCUCCCGAGCGGGUAAAUUGUAAAGAUGUUUAUGAAGUGGGUGACAUAGUUGUAGACUUCACGGGUGUGGACUUGCAACAAUUCGAUUCAAAGAUGAAAGACGGUAGACGCAUGUAUAACCUGACUUACGAUGUCAAGGUAAUAUUCGGCGCACAAGAGGGUGUCCUGAAGUUUGAAGCUGUUAGCCAGGGGCAAACAAUUGGUCGGACAAGUAUCAACUUCGCCACGAUCGAAUACUAUUAACUAGAUGUCUUCUCAGAAUAUCUGCUUUACAGCCAAUUUCUUGAAUUGAAAGCGAACAAUCCUUGUAUCACGAUGUUAUCACCACUCUGCCUGUCAGCUUGCCUCAAUUUCCCAUCCUUGAUCAACUCUUCCUUCUAUUGGAUUUCUCGCAUCUACUACUACGCAUAACACUGCCUUGUAUUGUAUAUAUCACAACAUCUCCUCCGGAAGAUCGAUGAAAGAUCCUGGCGAUUCAU